AUGGCGGCCGGCGGCGCCGACAAGUUCUCGGUGCUGCUGCCCACCUACAACGAGCGCGAGAACCUGCCCCUCGUCGUCUGGCUCCUGGCGCGCACCUUCCGCGAGAGUGGAAACAAUUUUGAAAUUAUCAUCAUAGACGAUGGAAGCCCGGAUGGGACACAGGAAAUUGCUGAACAAUUGCAAAAGAUAUAUGGAUCAGAUAAAAUACUUCUAAGACCCAGAGCAAGAAAGUUGGGCCUCGGCACUGCUUAUAUUCAUGGAAUGAAGCACGCCACGGGGAAUUUUAUUGUUAUUAUGGAUGCUGAUCUCUCUCACCAUCCAAAAUUUAUUCCAGAGUUUAUCAGAAAGCAGAAAGAAGGCAAUUUUGAUAUUGUAUCUGGAACAAGAUAUAAAGGAAAUGGAGGAGUAUAUGGCUGGGAUUUGAAAAGAAAAUUAAUCAGUCGUGGUGCCAAUUUUAUAACUCAGGUUUUGCUGAGACCAGGUGCAUCAGACUUAACGGGGAGUUUCAGGUUAUACAGAAAAGAAGUCUUACAGAAACUAAUGGAAAAAUGUGUUUCUAAAGGAUACGUCUUCCAGAUGGAGAUGAUUGUUCGGGCUAGACAGUUAGGAUAUACUAUUGGAGAGGUUCCUAUUUCAUUUGUGGACCGUGUCUAUGGAGAAUCUAAACUGGGAGGCAAUGAAAUAGUCUCCUUCUUAAAGGGGCUCUUGACCUUGUUUGCUACAACAUGAGAUAGUUUAUCCUAAAUUAACUUUUUUAGAAAAACAUUUUCUGACAUCUGUGUGGUUUUUAAUAUAUAAUAGCAGAAGCUUGAUAAUUUGUGUGGUGACCAGAAGACCUGCUAUGAACUAACAAUUAAAUGAACCACCACUGAUGAACUAAAUAUAUUGUAUCACAAAAUGCUCCUUUCAAAAUAAAUGAACUGUAUGUUAAAGUAAAAACUAAUAAAGACUAAUGAUUUAUUCUAUUUUGUAAAAAUAAUGAAGUCUUAAUAAAGAACACAAAGCUAAAUGAUCUUUCACAUUUAGAAAUGAAUCAUUCAGCAGAAGCUAAAGAUGAUUUUGAAAUAAAGACAACCAAGACAUAAAAAUAUUACAGAUUUUAUCUUAUCUUUGUUCUGUUGUUUGCAGAUAGUAUUUUAAAUACACACCAAUUAGUUCCCUUUCUUUCCUCAGCACAUAUAAACAUGUAUCUUAUAGCAGAUAAAUAGAACAGUUUCCACUGAACUGA